GUCUGGCUGUCUAGCCAAAGGGAUUUGUAAAAAAUGGGCAAGGGAAGAAUUCACUACUGCUCACAGUGUGGGAAGAGUUUUUGCAAGCUGAGUAAUCUCAAACAACAUAUGCGUGUUCACACUGGAGAGAGGCCAUAUUGCUGUUCACAAUGUGGAAAGAGUUUUGCACAACUAAGUCAAUUAAAGAAACAUCAGCACCUUCACACAGGAGAGAAGCCAUAUCAUUGCUCACAGUGUGGGAAGGGUUUUACACAUUCAAACGCUUUAAAAGUUCACCAACGCAUUCACACAGGAGAGAAGCCGUAUCACUGCUCACAGUGUGGGAAGAGUUUUGUUUGCAGUUGGUAUCUCAAAAAACAUGAACGUAUUCACAGAGGAGAAAAGCCCUAUUGCUGUUCAAACUGUGGAAAGGGCUUUAGAGACACACAGGAUUUAAAAGUUCACGAGCGCAUUCACACCGGAGAGAAGCCAUAUCAGUGCUUACAAUGUGGGAAGAAUUUUACAAAUUCAGGUGCUUUAAAAACUCACCAACGCAUUCACACAGGAGAAAAACCGUAUCAGUGCUCACACUGUGGAAAGAGUUUUAAAACUUUAAAGGAUUUAAAAACUCACCAGCGCGUUCACACAGGAGAGAAGCCAUAUCAGUGCUCACACUGUGGGAAGAGUUUUUCACAGUUAAGUGCUUUAAAAAUUCACCAGCGCAUUCACACAGCAGAGAAGCCGUAUCAGUGCUCAUACUGUGGGAAGAGUUUUACACAAUCAAAUAAUUUACAAAUUCACCAACGCAUUCACACAGGAGAGAAGCCGUAUUACUGCUCACACUGUGGGAAGAGUUUUACCUCUUCAAGUACUUUUAAAAGCUGCCAACGCAUUCACACAGGAGAAAAGCCAUACUACUGUUCAGACUGUGGAAAGAGUUUUACAUGUUCAAGUUCCUUAAAAACUCACCAACGCAUUCACAAAGGAGUAUAGCAAUAUUACUGCUCACACUGUGGGAAGAGUUUUACAUGAUCAAGUGAUUUGAAAAAGCACCAGCUUAUUCAGAAUAGCUGUAUUGCUGUAUUAUCACAAUGUGGGAAGGUUUGUAGAGAUUCAUACAAAAAAGCUAUAUACACAAAGUACUUUCAUUUGCAUUAUUCUGAAUUUUGUGUACAGUCUGUGCAGUUUGGUCCAUUCCAGACUUGGCCGUCACAGUUUAUCAUUGUAAAAGUGAUUUCUUCUGGCUGUAAAUGUGAUUUAAAUAAACUUAAAACUUAAGUCUUAACUUAAUUUGCUUGCUUUUAUAUUUUUCAUUUAAUGAAAAUGAAAACAAAAAACAUUGACAUUGCUGCAUAUAAGCAGAGACAAAUCUGCAGAUACAUUAAUUGUUAGUCAAAAUGAGUACUUGUUGUGAUGUCACACUCUACAAUAAUGGUUAAUGGCUAAUGGUUUAAAUUUUUAACUUAUAUUAAAUCCUGAAAGGUGGG